UCCGGAGAAGUGGAGCACCGUCACCACCGCAGCCGUGUUAUUCCUGCAUCCCAUCGCGCGGACAGCGGGACCUCUCUCUGUGUGUGUGUGUGUGUGCGCGCGCGCGUGUGUGUGUGUGAGUGAGAGUGCAUGUAUGUGUGUGUGUGUGUGAGUGUGCGCAUGUGAGCGUGUGCAUUUUCUCGCUUCUGAAAAGGGAAAAGGAAAGGAAAGAAUAAAACGGAGCCCCGGAGUGCAUGCAUGCAACAGCGUGGCGGGGGAACGGAGGAUGGAGACGCGUCCGGUGCCGCCGCUGCCGCUGCGCUUUUCUUCCUGCUGGAGGUUGUUGCUCUUGCUCGGUGUGUUGCGGGUGUGUGUGAGCUCGGUGCUGGAGUGCCCGCCGACCUGCAGCUGCUCCAGCACGGAGAUUCACUGCAAUAAAUCGCACCAGGGCAGCUUUUUCCCUCUGCUCGCCCUGCACGAGACGGGUAUAGACGCGGGCAACAACGGCACACACAGCACCAGCAUCUCCGACCUCUUCCAGAACAUCACCUCCAUACACAUCGAGAACUGGUUGGGCCUGCAAACCGUACAGGAGGUUGACAUGGCUCUGUACACCGGAAUCCAGAGACUGACCAUCAUGAACUGCAAUUUGAGGACCAUCCAGUCUCGAGCCUUCGCCCAGAACCCGCAUCUACGUUACAUAAAUUUGUCCAAGAACCCUCUGACUACUCUUUCCUGGCAGCUCUUCCAGAAUCUGCAGCUUAUCGAUCUGAGGUUAGAGGGCGUGGUAUUUAACUGCAGCUGUGAGAUUCGGUGGAUCCAGCUGUGGCAGCAGAGAGGAGAAGCAGGUCUCCACAACCAGCAGCUUUUCUGUAACACAGGCUUCAGUCAGAUCCCUCUACAGCUGCUCAACAUCUCCCACUGCGAUGUUCCAGAAAUCAGCGUGACACACAGCAGCCUGACGGUGAAUGAGGGAGAUCGGGUUACCAUCACGUGUAACGGGUCUGGAGUUCCGGUUCCUGAUGUGGACUGGAAGGUUAACUCACUGCACUCCAUCAGCACACAACAGGCCACUCAGUUUCCUCCUCACGUGCACUCUUUGACGUUAACCUUGUUUAACGUGAGUCGGGAUGAUAACCUGUCCCUGCUGCCCUGCACCACCGAGAACAUCGUGGGCAUGAGCAACACAACUGUCCACCUCUCCGUCCAGUUCCCUCCCACCAUCGUGCGAUUCGAGAACCCGGAGAAAUGGCACGACACGUGCAUGAUGUUCAUCGUCCGAGGCCAGCCGCUGCCCGCGGUGCGCUUCUUCUACAGAGACGUGGAGCUGCCGCAGACCGACUACGUCCGCAUGGAGGCCGAGGUUUAUCGGGACUCGCUCGAGGGCUGCCUCAUCUUCAAAAACCCUACCCACCACAACAACGGCAACUACACACUGGAGGCCCGCAACGUCCUGGGCGUGGCCACCAAAAUGGUCGACGCCCACUUCAUGGGAGCGCCGUUUGACGGAGACUAUGUAGAAUUCGUUCACCCCACAGCUCACUCUCCUGUGAGUCCGAGUCUGACUCCCACCAUCACUGUCACGCACCGGCCUGAAGAGGACACGUUCGGGGUGUCUAUCGCAGUGGGCUUGGCUGGCUUCGCCUGCGUCCUCCUCCUCGUCAUGUUUGUCCUCAUUAACAAAUACGGCAGGCGCUCCAAGUUCGGCAUGAAAGGUCCCGUAGCUGUGAUUAGCGGAGAAGAAGACAGCGCUAGUCCCCUCCAUCAUGUUAAUCACGGUAUUUUGAGCCCGUGUACACUGGACGCUGGGCCCGAUGCUGUCGUCAUCGGUAUGACCCGAAUCCCCGUCAUCGAAAAUCCACAGUACUUCCGUCACGGCCACAACUGCAACAAACCUGCGACAUACGUGCAGCACAUAAAGCGCCGGGACAUCGUGUUGAAGCGCGAGCUCGGCGAAGGCGCCUUUGGGAAGGUUUUCCUGGCAGAGUGUUAUAAUCUCAGUCCCACCAAGGACAAGAUGCUCGUCGCCGUGAAGACUCUGAAAGAUCCCACGCUGGCGGCGAGGAAGGACUUCCAGCGCGAGGCCGAGCUCCUCACCAACCUGCAGCACGACCACAUCGUGAAGUUUUACGGAGUCUGCGUGGACGGAGACCCGCUCAUCAUGGUGUUCGAAUACAUGAAGCACGGAGAUCUCAACAAGUUCCUCAGAGCUCACGGUCCCGACGCCAUGAUCCUGGUUGAUGGACAGCCGCUGCAGACGAACGGAGAGCUGGGUCUGUCUCAGAUGCUACACAUAGCCACUCAGAUCGCAGCGGGCAUGGUGUACCUGGCAUCUCAGCACUUUGUGCACAGAGACCUGGCGACACGCAACUGCCUGGUGGGGAACGGGCUCCUGGUCAAGAUCGGAGACUUCGGAAUGUCCAGAGACAUCUACAGCACUGACUACUACCGGGUCGGAGGUCAUACGAUGCUUCCUAUUCGCUGGAUGCCUCCUGAAAGCAUAAUGUACCGCAAAUUCACCACCGAGAGCGACGUAUGGAGCUUCGGCGUCAUCCUAUGGGAGAUCUUUACCUACGGCAAGCAGCCUUGGUUCCAGCUUGCCAAUAACGAGGUGAUCGAGUGUAUAACGCAGGGUCGGGUGUUGGAACGUCCUCGUGUCUGCCCUAAGGAGGUCUAUGACGUGAUGCUGGGCUGCUGGCAGCGAGAACCGCAGCAGAGGCUCAACAUUAAAGAGAUCCAGAAAAUCCUGUUCGCGUUGGGAAAAGCAGCGCCGGUUUACCUGGACAUCCUCGGCUGAAACGACCGGUCAGAACCAGAGCCGGAACUGGACCACAUAUAUAUAAAUAUAUAUACACACCCACCCAUACACACACACAUCUGAGCAAUGGGACGGACUUAAGUGCCUGCUACACCUUUCCAAACACUGGAUACGAGUCUUUAUGGAGCACUUUUUCCAUUUUUCUUUUCCCCCCUGCAGAUGGAAGUGUACAGUUCUACUGACCGGAACCGGAGACGGCUUUGGAUUACUUUGGGGUUGUUGUUUUUUUUUCCAGGAAUAAAAUAUAAAAAGAUUUUAUAAACGUGCAAAAGUUUAAAAAAAAAAAAAAAAAACAACAAAAAAACCACAACUUUUCAUUUAGUUUCAGCUUGAUGGAGAAUAAAAGUCCACGCUUCACAUUUUUUUCCCUUUAAUUUAAUUUCUUUUGCAGCGUGUCGACGUGUCACGAAGACGUGAACGAUCUUCCACACGAUGCUAGCCGACGAUCUUCUCCGUGACUGUAGAGGAGACACUCAGCAGGGCUUUUACUUCCUAAAAGCAGGAACUUUUCACCCGCUCGUGGAACUUUACGGCGCCACGGAGCCGACCAAUCACAGCAAAGGAUUUUAUUUAAACAAAGCUGAAUGUAUAUAAUGUAAAUUCCUGUGUCCGUAUGGUAACUUAUUUCAUUUUUCGCUAUUUAGACCGCUUUAGUUUCUUGAUGUGCCGUUACAGUGAGUAAAUUCUAUAAAUAUUUUGA